UUCGAGGGAACAACUCGCGUCUUUUGUGGAAGUCGGACGAGGAAACAUCGCCGACUUGAUGUAGUUGACUCGCGGCGUCACAGCAACGAGAGGUCGGAGGCUCCCAGAGCCGAGCCGCAAGAUGAGAUUCCCAGCCCUUCUUUCCGCUCUACGGUCGGUGGGCCCGGUAAUCAUCGGCAUUUCCCUGGGAUUCACCUUGAGUCUGCUGAGCGUCAACUGGACCGAGGAAGCCUGCUUCUUCACGGACGGGGACGACGACGCCGCCGCUUCGCCUCUGGAGGAGCGGCUUAAAGGAGCCAGGAAGACCAACUCCAUAGCAGUCCUCGACGACGCGGAGCCGGAUUUCGAACCGCGAAUAGUGCCGUAUAAUAAACAAGUCGCGCAAAGUGUCCCGAAGAAAGUUUUAAGGGCCAAAUACAUUAGCACAGAAUUGAUGACGCGCGAGCAACUGUUCAUUGGAGUCCUGACGUCGAAAGACACCAUCAGCACCCUGGCCGUAGCUGUCAAUCGAACCAUCGGCCACCACCUGGAACCUGUGGUCUUCUUCUGCGGAACGCACAAUCGAAAAGUCCCCCAUGGCAUGUUCAUAGUCGCGCAUGGAGACGAAAGACCGAUCUGGAACAUGUUCCAGACGAUGAAGUACAUUUUUGACCAUUACGUCAACGCGUAUGACUGGUUUUACUUGAUCCAAGACGACGCCUACAUCCAGGCCGACCGAAUCAAGAAUCUAGUGGAUCACCUGAGUAUUGAUCGAGGACUGUACAUGGGCUGUCCGGAGGAGUUCAUAGGCGUGGAGAUGGAAGGGAGGUACUGCCGAGGAGGUUUCGGGUACCUGCUGUCUCGUGCCCUGCUCCUUCGACUGCAACCCUUCCUGGAAAACUGCAGAGAUGACAUCCUGAGCACCAGCCCUGACGAGUGGCUGGGGAGAUGCAUCAUCGACUACACGGCUACAACCUGUGUCAGCAAGUACGAGGAGCUCCACUACCACCACUAUACGUUGGACCAAAACUCUGAUCCAAUCAAAGAGCAGAACGAGGAGUUUAAAAAAGCUCUGACUGUCCAUCCAGUGUCUGACCCUGAACAGAUGUACCAGCUGCACAGAUACUUCACUGAGAUUGAACUGCAGAAGACUUACGACGAGAUUGCUAAGCUGCAGGCAGAAAUAAAGAACGUCAGCGUGGUCGCUUUCGAGGGCAACCGAAGUGCCCAGUGGCCAAUCGGGGUCAACCCACCCUUCGAGCCAAAAUCCCGAUUUGAAGUUUUGAAGUGGGAAUACUUCACAGAAAAGGACAUUUAUUCAUGCUUGGAUGAAUCUCCAAAGUGUGAGCUGCAUGGCAUUGACCGCAUGGACGUGGCGGACGUCAUUGAAGUCGCUGUCGGAGAGCUGAACAAAAAGUACAAACCGCUCUUGCAGCUGAAGAAACAGCAUUUGAUUAACGGCUACCGCCGCUUUGACCCCACCAGGGGCAUGGAGUACACCUUAGAUCUGCAGCUCGAGGCGGUCAACCAAAAAGGUCACAGUCGUUCCAUCUCCAAGCGUGUUCAUUUGGUGCGACCCUUGAGCAAGGUGGAGAUACUUCCAAUGCCUUAUGUCACAGAAGCGACACGGGUUCACGUCGUCGUACCGAUCACCGCGUCGGAUCGGGACUCCGUCGAUCCUUUCAUGAAGGUCUUUGUCUCCAAUUUCUUCGAAAUAAACGAAAACGCCGUCCUCACCUUCUUGUUCAUUUACGACCCAGUGGAGGCGCAGCAAGUUAACCAGAAAGACAUAUUUUCCAGCAUCAAGACUAAAAUCAACCGCCUCGAGGCCAAAUACCCUACGGUGAAAAUCCCUUGGAUCAGCGUCAAGACCGAAACACCGUCUCAGAUCAAAUUCAUGGACAUCAUCUCAAAGAAGCACCCGGUCGACACGCUGUUCCUGCUAGCGAACGUUAACAUGAACGUUAAUACAGAGUUCAUGAACCGUUGCCGCAUGAAUUCUAUCAACAACUGGCAAGUGUUCUUCCCCAUCCAUUUCCAGAAUUACAAUCCCGAUGUGGCCUAUCACAACCAACCGCGUCCGACCAAAGUCGACCUGAUCAAGGACUCCGGGCAUUUCGAUCGCUGGUCAUUCGACGAAGCGUGUUUUUACAAUUCCGACUACAUGGCGACACGCACAAAAAUGGCUGCGGAUGUCCAAGAGAACGAGGAGAUCCUGGAGGCCCUGGACAUGUACGACAUGUUCGUGAAGUACUCCGGUCUGCACGUGUUCAGGGCCGUGGAGCCGGCUUUACACCAGGAGUACCGUAACAAAGCCUGCAACCCGAGGCUGAGUGACGACAUCUACCACAGGUGUGUCCAGAGCAACUUGGAAGGCCUGGGUUCUCGCUCCCAACUCACCAUGCUGCAGUUUGAGCAAGAACAAGGAAACCGCUCCUGAAAAUGAAAACCAGUGAAGCAUCUGUUCUUGUUUGUGCGCGAAUAAUAGCUGUGGUUUUCUCGAAAUGACUUCCUGGGACACUCUGAGUAUGGUCACAAAUAACAACACAGUUGAAUGUCAAAUAAUUCGGGGCUUUGGAACACUCUGACCUGGCAUUCUCAAAGUACGGCGUGUUUGUAGGACCUAGCUAAGAAUGAAUGCAGUACGUUUCUCAUUUCUAACUUUAAAACGUGUUUACAACCCUUUUAGACGAGUCGUUGCAACCCAGUGGUUCUGUGACGCUCCACUCUCUGAAAGUUGCAAUAGGUGAUGUUUGACCACUACGCUGCUGCUCCAGUUUUCAUGACCAGGUGCUGACACGGCACGGCUUUUACUCUGCACCUGUUUGUUCUGAUAUUACCUGGGAUCUUUAUCUAGGUUUUGCACUAAGGGGGUAGAUUGCAAUUUUUUUUUUUUUCCUUGAACGGUGGACAAAGCAUGCUUUUUAGUGAGUUACCAUGCCGGUCAGUCCAAGUCAACCAAAUUCCAAAGUGGUUUUGCACUGUUACACUAGGGGGGUUUUAGGUUGGAACCUGCUUUUUGAAGUUUAGAUGUUCUUUGUCCGCCUGCUCUGGUUCUCUCCAAAAACAUGAACGUGAGAGCUUUGCUAUUUACAAAUGUGAACGUAUUCACAAAGAAAAUCGCUGUCGUCGUGCCUUGAAACUAACCUUCAAACGAGGGUUCUUUUGAAGUCAUAUUUGUGCGUUCUUAGUGUAGUUUUUACGAUUUUUCCAAUGUGGGACGCUAUCUUUAGACCAGACAGUGGAGAAUGUUGCUGGCAUACAGCAAGUGUGUAAAUAUGAGCACAUCUGCAGGUUGUUGGUGCCUCAAAGCAAGUAUUUCCUGUUGGGGUUUUUUUUUUUGGGGUGGACUGAGGCUUGUGUAGGCGGAGAUGUGUACAAGAGACAUGUUAAAUUCUUCUCAGAUCUGGUAAUGUUCCUAAAAUUGUACUAAGAAUAGUGUAGGAAAACUAAAUCGUUGUGAAUUUUUACAGAGCAGCUCGUGUUGUCUGAAACACUUUUAGGUUAUAUGUGGAGGAUUUGUUAGAAUAGUAGCAAUAGUCGAAGGUAUACGAGAACAUUUUUCAUUAGGGUUACUAAAAAUAGUGCAAUAUUACUGCUAAGGCUACUGGAGUACUACCAGCUGGAGUACAUUAUUGCUUACUUCACAAUGCCUAAGGUACCUAAUGUACUUGUUUUGUUGGCAUACUUGCCAACCCUCCCGAAUUUUCCGGGAGGCUCCCGAAAUUCAGCGCCUCUCCCGAAAACCUCCCGGGACAAAUAUUCUCCCGAAAAUCUCCCGAUUUUCAGCCGGACUUGAGUGAGGACAGCCUUUUUUCACGACCGGAGGACAACAGGGUGACAAGAAAUAAAUCAUCCAGACGAGAGAUAAAUUGUAUUAUUAUGUUUAUCUUACCUAAAAAAAAAAUAUAUUUAUUAAUUAAAAAAAUAAUAAUAAUAAAUACAUUUUUACUAUAUUUUGCUAAAAACAUCAAAAUUAAUUGUAUUUUUAUUUGUAUUUUUUCUGACUCCUUAUUACAUCCAGCCAUAGAAUUAUACAUAAAAAUAAACAUUUUUGAAAUAAUUAAUUUUAAAUUAUCAUAAUAAUUCAU